UGAGAAAACUUCUAAGUGACUUGCCUGGGACCACAUGCCUAGGAUCAGCUGGAUUUUGAACUUCCUUAUCUGUCACUCUUCACUACACCAAAUUGAUUGUCAAAGAUGGCCUCAGAUGUUUCAUCACUCGGAGCAGCCAUUGCAUCUGGAAACCCUGGCCCUGGGAUCCAAGGUGGGGGAGCCAUCACUCAGCGGACUAUUAAGCGUCGGCCAGGGCUUGAUUUUGAUGAUGAUGGAGAAGGAAACAGUAAAUUUUUGAGAUGUGAUGAUGAUCAAAUGCCUAAUGAUAAGGAGCGGUUUGCCAGGUCGGAUGAUGAGCAGAGUUCAGCGGAUAAAGAGAGACUUGCCAGGGAAAACCAUAGUGAAAUUGAACGUCGACGGCGGAACAAGAUGACGGCUUAUAUCACAGAACUGUCAGACAUGGUACCCACCUGCAGUGCCUUGGCCCGAAAACCAGACAAGUUGACUAUCUUACGCAUGGCUGUAUCGCACAUGAAAUCCCUGAGGGGAACUGGCAACACUUCUACUGAUGGCACCUAUAAGCCAUCCUUCCUUACUGAUCAGGAGCUGAAACACCUGAUACUAGAGGCAGCAGAUGGUUUUCUGUUCAUUGUGUCGUGUGAAACAGGCCGAGUGGUAUACGUAUCUGACUCAGUGACCCCUGUCUUGAACCAACCACAGUCUGAAUGGUUUGGCAGCACUCUUUAUGACCAGGUGCACCCAGAUGAUGUGGAUAAGCUCCGGGAGCAGCUCUCCACCUCUGAAAAUGCUUUGACUGGUCGCAUUUUGGACUUAAAGACUGGGACAGUAAAGAAGGAGGGUCAACAGUCUUCCAUGAGGAUGUGUAUGGGUUCAAGGAGGUCAUUUAUCUGUCGGAUGAGGUGUGGAAAUAGCUCUGUGGAUUCAGGUUCCAUGAACAGAUUGAGCUUUGUGAGGAACAGGUGCAGGAAUGGGCUAGGCUCUGUGAAGGAAGGGGAACCUCACUUCGUGGUUGUCCACUGUACAGGUUAUAUCAAGGCUUGGCCUCCAGCAGGUGUCUCACUUCCAGAUGAUGACCCAGAAGCUAGCCAGGGAAGCAAGUUCUGCCUUGUGGCUAUUGGGCGAUUACAGGUGACCAGUUCUCCCAACUGCACAGACAUGAGCAAUGUCUGCCAGCCAACAGAAUUCAUCUCCCGUCACAACACUGAGGGUAUCUUUACUUUUGUGGACCAUCGCUGCAUAGCCACUGUGGGCUACCAGCCACAGGAGCUAUUGGGAAAGGAUAUUGUGGAGUUCUGUCAUCAUGAAGACCAGCAGCUCCUAAGAGACAGUUUCCAACAGGUGGUGAAAUUAAAAGGCCAGGUUCUGUCUGUCAUGUUCCGGUUCCGGUCCAAGAACCAUGAGUGGCUCUGGAUGAGAACCAGCUCCUUUACCUUCCAGAACCCCUACUCAGAUGAGAUUGAGUACAUCAUCUGUACCAACACCAGCGUGAAGAACUCCAACCAAGAGCAACGGCCCACACUGUCCAACUCACUUCAGAGGCCACAGUUGGGGCCUGCAGCUAAUCUGCCCCUAGAAAUGGGCUCUGGGCAGUUGCCACCCAGACAGCAACAGCAGACAGAGCUUGAUGUGGUGCCGGGAAGAGAUGGACUGGCAAACUAUAAUCAUUCGCAGGUCUCAGUUCAGCCUGGCUCAGCCACAGGCCCAGAGCACAGCAAGUCCCUGGAGAAGCCAGAUGGCCUUUUUGGUCAGGACAGAGACCCACGGUUUGCUGAGAUCUAUCCCAGCAUUGGUACAGAUCAGAGUAAAGGCAUCACUAGCAGCACUGUCCCAGCUAGCCAGCAGCUGUUCUCCCAGGGCAGUACCUUCCCCUCAGUUCCCAGAUCAGCAGAGAACUUCAGAAACAACAGUCUGGUUCCUCCUGGGACCCUCGUCCAGCCACCAGCUUCUGCAGGGCAAAUGUUAGCCCAGAUCUCCCGCCACUCUAACCCCACGCCGGGCACGGCUCCUGCUUGGAACCCUAGCACCCGUCCUGGCUUUGUUGCCCAGCAGGUGGCCCCCCCGCCCGCAUCCAAAACCCGGUCCCCUCAGUUUGCUGUCGGUAGCUUCCAGACACCGUCUUCCUUCAGCCCCAUGUCUCUCACUGGGGCCCCCAGUGCAUCACCAAGUGCUGCUGCCUACCCCAGCCUCACCAGCCGGGGCUCUAGUUUUGCCACAGAGGCCGGACAACCUUCGGGACAGUUUCAGGCCCGCACGGCAGAAGGAGUGAGCGUGUGGCCCCAGUGGCCCCAGGGGCAGCAGGCCCAUCAUCGAUCUGGCUCUGGAGAGCAGCACGUGCAGCCCCCUCCACAGCAGCCCAGCCAGCCUGAAGUCUUCCAGGAGAUGCUGUCAAUGUUGGGAGACCAGGGUAACACCUAUAACAAUGAAGAAUUUCCUGACUUAGCCAUUUUCCCUUCUUUUUCAGAAUAGAACUGUUGGGGUGAGGAUUAGGGGGUGGGGGAGAGAAAUCAGUUUUUGUUUUUAAAAAAAACAAAUCUUUCUGUAAACAGAAUAAAAAUACUCUCCCUUCCCCUCCCUCACCCCCAAAAUCCACCUCAUACCCCCUUUGUUCCCUAUCUCCACUCACUUCCCUUCCCCCGACCCCCGGUAGAAUGGUCAGAAUCAAUGAAAUGGAUCAUCAAGGCUCUUGGGAACUUUGAAGAUUGAGGCCAGAAGGAUUGGGGGAAUCUCUUCCCUUUUUCUCCUGACCAGAGCCUUGUGCAUUGAUGACACUUAGAACGUUCCAGGCUGGAAGACCCUACACAGAGACCUCCAAGUCCAGCUGCAGCAUGUUUGAUAAUCACCUUGGACGCAGAGAGAUUUUUUGGACAAACUCUGAAUCGGACCAGGGAAGGGGUGGGAAAAGGAGAAGUAUCUCUAUGUAGGAGGCCCAAGAAAGACCAGGCACAUGGCUUUAGGAGUGGAUACAGGUAGUUUCUACAGCGUGUGAGUAAUUCCUCUAGAAAGAACCUUGUGAGAGAGAGAGUGAGAAAGUGUCUGUGUGUCUGUGUCUCCUUCUUGUGUGGCAGAGGAAUUACAAACUGGUCCCUGACUCUGCCUGCCUGGGUAGGUAGUGGAUGGUGUGUGGGUGUGAGUGGGCACGUGUGUUUCAAAAACAAGUCCUAAAGUGUUACUUCAAGGUAUUUUCUGCUCCAUAUUGCAGCCAAAGUGUAUUUAGAUUAACUUCUUUGCUGUGUUCACAUCUGUGCCCAACCAGUGGGAGCAGUUGUGUAGGAGUGUUUUGUGUGGGCACCUUCUCAUUGAACAUUGUUAGUGACAGAGCGGGGUCAUUCUCACUGUUGGUGGUGCUCCUCCUUUGGAGAGAACUUCAAGACAUUAUGGAAAGUGGGCUCAGGUGCUAAACUUUUUUAAGAAACCCUAGACUCGUGGCCACAAAUACUACGUGCAUUUUCUGUCAGAAUUAUACACUGUGUAAGCACUGUUGAGAAGAUAACCUCUUGGAAACUCAACUUCUUGGUUUGUCAAUCCUAGGAACAGGCCCUUACCCACAGUGGACUGUGUGCCGUAAUACCGACUUCAGCUUAAAAAUAAGGUUUUGUUCCAAUCCCAAUGCUCUACCAGAUCUAAACGCAAAAAAAAAAAAAAAUGACAUUUUUCCUUGUUACUAGCACACAGAUGGAACAUGGGUCUAUAAUGUUACACUUUGUUUUCCUCCUAGUCUUGAGAGUCAAAUUGGGUCUCUUAAAAAUUUUUGCUGGAGGUAGGAAGUGUCAAGUGGGUAUAAAUAUAGUAAUACUAUAUGGCAAUGGGCAGGAACCCAUACCAAACAGGGCUUCUUACCAAUUAACGGAGCCAUCUGAUUGAGGAUAUGGCCUACUAUUAUGCCUUUUGAGCCUUAUGUCACAAACAGUGAAGUGACAUCAGUGGUUUGUUUUUUUCCCUGUUGGCUCAGGCCGGUUUUUAAUUACAAGACUGAGUUAAGCACAAGAUGGUUUUAAUGUAGUUAUAGGUGUCUUGAAAAAAGAGAUGACCUUGGGGAGGCUGGAGAGGGAAUGUCAUAUUGACUUGGCCUCUCUUCUCCCCUUCUCUUUACCCUGGUACCAGAUAGCAAAAGGACAGGGAGAAGGAGAUAUUUUAUUUUUUAAAAAUCUAUGUGCGCACACACACACACACACACACACACACAGCAUACAUACAUAAUAUAUAUAUAAUAUAUAUUUAUAUCACAAUUUAAGAAGCCAAAAAGUUGAGUUUCCAUUUGAAUCUGUCUUUUGAUAAUCAAUUAUUUUUAAAUGUGAUUAGGACUAUAAUAUUGUACAGUUAUUCUAGGGGUAUUGGGAGGGAGGGGGGGAAAACUCUGGGGAUUUUGUCCAUAUUUUUCCUUCAGGGUUUUAUUUCAAUUGUGUUUAUUUUUUCUGGUUGGCCAUUCUUUGUUACUUGGCACCAGUGUCAAAUCUCAUGGUGGCCCAAAUGAUGUCAUUAUGUAGCAGAGAUUUUAAAGCAAAGAUAUUUUUUUCCUUUUUAAAAACCCUUGUGUUGUUUAGUCUUGAUUGUGACCAUACUAUCCUUUCCGAAGUUUCUUCCUUCCUGCUUCCUUCCUAGAUGUGUGGAGACAGAAAGACACAAAUGUGCCGUGUAACACAAAACAUAGAUUAGCCCUAUCUAAAAACAUACAUUCUGAGACACCAAAGAAACACACUGUGCCCUAAAUGAAAUGCUAAUAUAAUCUAUAUUUAAAAAAAAAAUCAUGGCAGAUCACUCAUCUGCUUUUUUAUUGGCUUUUUGAUCUUGUUAUCUUCCAGGGGCAGCAGGGAAGGGGAGAAGAAGAAAAUGUGCCUUUAUAUAUAGCAAAUAAUUCCAUGGAGAAUGGGAGAGUUCUAGGUCCUGGAUGAAUAGACUAUUUCCACUAGCCUCUGCCCCCAAAUACCCUUAUUUUCUGAUGAAAAGAAAGUAUUGGGAGAUAGGCUACUUAUGGCUGUUGUUGAUUUCUUUCUGGAACUGUCGAAUAGACUUUGAACUGCUGGAGAAUCUAGGGGUAGAAUCCAGUUAUCUUGGGGAAGAGAAACCAAAUGUAUUUUUCUUUCUUGCUGGAAUCAUCCUUUUUCCUUCUCCCAUGUCAUCUGUUUAUGGGGGAGGGAGGUAUGGGUCUGAGGCAGAGUCUUGUGAUCUGUCACAUGCUGGAGAGGGUGGGGGAAUAGUCUGGAAGAGCUCAUAUGACUGGUAUAUAAUAAUCAUCAGACAAUAUUCAUUUCUAUUAUCCUGUACUUUAAAAAAAAAAAAAAGAAAAGGGAAAUCCCUUCUAUCUGCCUCUUCCCUAUGGCCUUAUUGGUGCUUCUGGAA